AUGCGGAUAUCAAUACCUUCGAUCCCGGAGCAGGCCACACGGGCCACGAUGGAAUACAGUCUAGAGAAUGGUGCCAAGAUGGUGGCCGAGUUUCUCUCGGCGGCGAAAGGCAAGGCUGUGAUCAUGACAGGCGCUGGCGUCUCUGUUGACUCAGGCAUUGCACCAUAUAGAGGAGAGAACGGUCACUAUACUGUCCAUCGAUCUUAUAGGCCAAUUUUUUAUCACGAGUUCAUCGACCCAUCCGAGAAAGGGCACCUUGCAAGACAACGAUACUUUUCGCGCUCUUACCUUGGCUUUCCGCCGGUCCGAUUGGCCAAGCCGAACAGGACCCACUAUAGCGUAGCGGCGAUCCAACGACUUGGCUACGUACCAGAAUAUAUUACGCAAAACGUCGACAAUCUACACCAUGCAGCGACACCAUCAGCGUCACUCGCGGCCAGCACGAUCCUGGAGUUACACGGCACUCUGAAACAUGUUGUCUGCGUGUCCAGUCCCGAAGGAUACAAGCGGAGCGAUGACAAGGGACCCAUCAGUCUCGAGUUACACGACGCUCUUACAGCGACAUCGUACCUGCGAGGCCCAAGAGCGGUGUCGCUGCGGCCAGAGAACACGACAACCGGAGAGAACUAUCCAAAGGGUUGUGGUUUCCGAGGAUCUCGAGCCGUGUUUCAGGAUGAGCUGACUCGAUUGAAUCCAGCAUGGGCACAGCUUCAACGUGAAAUGGCAAGGACAGGCAAGAGCGCCAAGACGAAUCCAGAUGGAGAUGUGGAGCUUCACAACGUCGAUUACAGCACGUUCAACUACCCCGCUUGUCCGAAUUGUGGCGGUGUACUGAAACCGGCCGUCAUCUUUUUUGGAGAGUCGGUGCCAGACAAAUUGCGAGAUCAUUCGUAUGAAUUGAUCGACAACGCCAAUGCGGUCUUGCUGGUUGGGACAAGUCUGGCGACCUACUCGGCCUUCCGUUUAGCCAAGCAGGCGGUGGAUCAGAAGAAGCCCGUAUUGAUUCUCAAUCGUGGACCUACAAGAGCAGAUCCGCUGGUGGAGGACAAGAUCGAGCUAGGGUCAUCCGAGGUGCUGUCGCGUGUAGCUCAGCUGUUGAGCAACGGUCGAGAAAGGAAUGACAAGGUGUUGCAGAGUUUGCUGACAUCAGGAGUUACGAUCAGGUCGAAUGAAGCAAGCGGAGUCAUCAGUAGUUGA